AUGAUAUACAGCUCUAUACGUCCUGGAAGAAGCUCUGGUGAUCCGACUGUAACUGAUCUACGUAUGCUACAAUAUGAACCUAAUGGAAUUAUAUAUUACAAGCUCAAUUUCUAUGAUGAAUUAAGAGAACUACCAGGCAGGUCAAAAAAAGUGCAAUCAAUAUCUUCAUUUCCAAACCUGUACACUUCAGAAACUAAAAUACCCCUUGAAAAAUGGUAUGAUUUACAGUUUUUAAAGGGGAUGAUGCCAUCUAAUACGCACUCAUUUUAUGAUAAUAUACCUUGCGAAAAUGAAAGCAGAAAAAUGUUAAAACGACAAUAG